CUCACAUACUAUUGCCUGCCCAAGAGAACUAUAGUACAAGUUAAUCUACAUUUUCCCCCUUCAGCUAAUAGUUAACAUUGCCUUGAUAGAUCCCGCACCUUUAAAUUUUCAUCCAGCGACGCAAUGGCCACACACGACCUUGAUAGACCUGAAAAGUGCCCAGUUCUCGACUGUGACUACCAUAUUCGGAGAUUCGUUCGUGCUUAUGAUAGGGAAAGACAUACCCUCGUCCACUACAAGGGUGAUCUAAUUUGUGGGUUCUGUCCCGAAUCUAGAUCUCUAGCGGAGAAGAGCUUCAGGCGGGCAGAUCUUUUCAAGCGUCAUCUCGUGGUCGACCAUGAGGCAAAUACGAACCGUCACGAAAGCCUUAAUACCGAUGGCGAGAACCCGGCUGAAAUUAGUGAAGUGAGCGGUAAGUGCUCAAAUUGCUCACUCAUCUUUAACAAUAUCGACGACUUUCACAACCACUUCUACGAUUGUAUCUGCCGCGCGAUCAUCAAUGGAUGAAAAGAUCAAUGUCCCAAAGACAAUAGGAUAAGGGAAGCUGGCAAUAACAAUAGCGGCCAUGUAUAUUACCCAUUUUGUUUCACCCAAACACAUGGUGGCUCAUGUGUGAGAAGCCUACUGCAUGAAAUCAAUUUUCCAUUCAGACCUUGACUUGUAUAAAGCUAUCUAUAUCAUCCCAGAUGGGAAUAUCUCCAAUAAAU